AUGGGUCCAGAACCACGGGUCCAGAUCUCCAAAACCAGCCUGGGAAUAAUCCAGUUAGAUCUCCGUAUGUCACCGUCCAGAUGAGUUUCAUAUCUGGAUUAAACUGUCUGACAUAAACGGAUGACAGGGUUAAUAAAACACUCACUAAUCCUGGAUUAUAUCUGCUCAUGAUGGAGGAUUUGAGGAUUAUUGAAGUCCAGAAAAUCAGGAAAAAAACCUGAAUGUUCAUCACUGAGAGCUGGUCCAGGUCUACAUCUCUGCUGACUUCAGAUCCAGACAGGAAACACUGGGACAGGAGGUUACAACAAUAAUAAUAACAAUAAUGAUAACAAUAAUAACAACAAUAAUAAUAAUUAUAAUAACAACAACAAUAAUAAUAACAAUAAUGAUUAUAAUAAUAAUAAUAAUUAUAAUAAUAAUAAUAACAACAACAACAAUAAUAAUAAUAUUAAUAAUAAUAACAACAACAACAUCAAUAAUAAUAAUAACAACAAUAAUAAUAAUAAUAAUAAUAAUAAUAAUAACAAUAAUAAUAAUAAUGCACCCUUUAUUAUCUCUCUGCAGCAGGACACAGUUCGUGUUCCUGGACUCAGAUCAAACUCUGAGUAGAUAAACUCAGAGUCGGUGUUUGCAGCUCAGGAUCAGAGUCCACUCUUUUAUUUUACAGACUCUUUCAGACCGCUGAACUUCACUGUUAGUUUGAUCCCUGAGGAGACAGACUGUACAGCUGGUUUCAGGAAACAAAGUUUGUUUGUUGAAUUAAAAUAUCAAAGUUGUGACUGCAGGAGUGUUUUAGCCUCUCACAGGUUUACUGACAUCCUGCUGUCGAGCGUGUCGACUCAGAAGAGACGCCUCAAACUCCUCAGUGACUCACAGACGUCAGCGUGAUCAGAGACACUCAGCCUUCCUUCACUCUCUGCUGUAACAAACCGAGCUCACACUGACAGCUGACUCAGCUCUGGAUCAGUCUGUAGGGGUCCACGGCUGCUGCAGGUGUGUCAGAGUGGGGGGGGCACUGGGGGAACACCAGCUGAGUGGGUGGAGAGUGUGUGUGUGUGUGUGCGUGUGUGUGUGGCCGGGCUGUUGUGUUGAAGUUUUGUGUAGAUUUGUCACAUGACGAGGAAAUGACUGAGAGUAAGGGGGUGGGGGUAAGACUGAUCAGGCUGCAGAAACAAUCAGAUUUAUGAUCAAUAUCAUCAUCAUCCAUACCUGUUGUUUUUGUCCACACUGAUCUUUUUUUCUCUUUCUAUCACUUUUCUUUAAUACUCUUCUUUCUCUCUCUCUCUCUUUCUGUCUUUCUUUCUUUCUUUUUUAUCGUAGUUUUUUCUCUUCUUUGUUUCUUUGUUUCUUUCUUGUUCCUGUAUGAAUGUUUGUUGUUUGUACUUCUGCAGGUUAAUCUCCCCACUGAGGGGUGAAUAAAGGAAAAUCUAAUCUAAGUUUAUUUCUAACACACACACAGAGGAGAAGUUUGUCUGGAUAUUUUUGGAGCAACAUUAGAGGAAAAUGCAGAUUAAUAUUCUGUGAUGAUCAGAAAAUCUCAGAUUUGAUUCCAGUUAAAAUUAAUGAGGAAAUAAAAAUAAUAAAAUCAAAAAUACACAAAAAAGUGUGUGUCUGUGUGUGUGUGUUUAUGUGUGUGUGUGUGUGUGUUUAUGUGUGUGUGUGUGUGUGUGUGUGUGUGGGGGGGGCAUCCUGUUGAGGAGCAGGUCAAAACUUGUCGAGAAGAAGGGGGCGUGGUAAAGGAAGAACCGAACAACUUUGUGAUUUCUUUCAAAAUAAAAGCAUGUCAUCAGGACUCAAACACGGAAGAGCAGAGAGGCUCUGAGUGGGUCAACAAGCUGAAGGUGUCAACAAGGAUUACAGAAUAUAAUCACAUGAAACAGAGGCUACAGUAAAUGUACUGAGACAUUUACUGCAGGUGAAUAAAAGUGUCAAACAUCUGAUCAGCAGUUACAGAUUAAUGACAAUAAAACAAAUAAAAAGACUAAAGAAAAACAAAUAUCCUGAUCUCCAAAUGAAGAUAAAUAAUGGUCAAUUACUGUUUUAUUUGCUAAAAUUGUAAAUAUGUUUUGAAGCUGAUAAUUUAUAUUUGCAGUCUAAGUUAUAAAAAUGGUUUGUUAAACAUGUUUGUGGUUUUUACAGUAAAAUAUUUUGCUUUUUCCCUCUCGGAUUUUGUGUUUUUUUUCAGUCCUCUGUGCAAAAAUAACUGUAAAUUCACACAGAUGAGGUUGUGCUGAAAAAAUGAGGAAAACAGUUUUUAAGAGGAUUAUAAAAGAAAAUCAGAAUUAGUCAAAAACGGCCUAUUAUACCCCAGACUACAGAGGGUUAAUAUAAUGACAGGAAUCCUGAGAUUAUUAAUGUUGAAACUCUCUUUACAGACAGGCUGUUUUAGCUGUAAAUGUAUGAGUGUAUUAGGUUUAUGUCUGAGUGCUGAGAGGGUUUUAUUUUGAAAUUCCAAACCGGAAACCGUCAUUCCUCCUCCAGUGUUGUGAAAUAAAGUCGAAGAGCAGCAGAGCUGAGAGUGAACAGAAACACAGAGAAACAGAGAGACAGCUGCCGCCUCCUCCUGCUCCUCCUCUUUCUUCAUCUGAUGGGUUAAAUCAGAAACAUGUCGAGUCUAAACUGAGACAAUCCGAACCCACAGAACCGGACAUGGAUUAACAGACUGCCCUCCGGACCGGACUCGAACAGAACCGAGAGUGAACCUUUGGUGGUUUUGGUCCAUUUCCUUCUCCUCUGAUGUCCACCUGUCCCCGAGUGUCUCUGACCUGCAGACAGCCUCACCACGGAGCGACACAUCACACAAGUAAGUAACGAGCUUUAACUGUCUCUGAUUAACAAACAUGAUCAAUAACACUGAGACUGAAGCAGCAUGGGUUUGGACCGGGUCUGACAGAACCUCCUCCGAGUCUGACAGAACCUCGGAGUUUAGUAUCAGCUGUCUGUGAGAAAACACGGAGAGGAGAGGACGACUGCUGUCUGUGAUACCUCUGUACAAUAAUAAUAAUGAUAAUGAUAAUAACAAUAAAUGAAUAAUAAAAUAAUAAUAAUAAUAAUGUUCAUUUUGAGGGUGUUUUCCAGCAGUCUCUCUCUCUCUCUCUCUCUCUCUCUCUCUCUCUCUCUCUCGAGGCUGUUUCACCCAUUGUUGGUGUUUUUUUUUUAAUGAUCUUUGUUGUUUUUUGGGACAUGUCCUGACAUGUCAGACACUAAACUAAAGUUCUGUUUUAUUAAUAAAAAACUGCAGAUAAAAAUAAAAGUUCAAAUCUGUCCAGGACAGAAAAUCAGCUGAGAGUCUGAGAGUCUGAUCAGGACAGUCUAAAAGUUUCACAUCUUCAUCACAUGAGUGAGUUUAAGGCUGUAAAACUUUCAGUUGAUGUUAAAAUUAUUAUUAUUAUUAUUAUUAUUAUUAGAUAUUAGAUUUUUAUUAUUAGAUUUUUUUUUCCUCCUUGUCUGUAAAAUGUGUGUUUUGUAUAAAGUUGUAAUCAAUAAAAAAGUCUUCAAUCGCUGUAAUAUUUCUGUUCAUCUCAGAUUUUCACUGAUUUCUCCUCAUAAAAACAUUCAUUUAAAUAUUAUUCAUUAUUUUUGUUUUUACCGGUUUAAUGUCGUUCAGACUCGCGUGGCUCGCCUCUGUGCACGCGCUCCUCUCCGUAUUACUGAGUUUGUGCGCGCGUGCGUCUCCUCGUGCUCUUCGGCACGGAUUUGUUUACAAACACGAGUCUCGUGCUCAUGAAGGAGAGGAGCAAACGCCCCCUGGCGGUGAGAGAGGAAUAUAGGUCGGUGGGUCAAACAGCGAGAAGGGGGGGCAAAAUUAAAACAACGAAGUUUGAUUUAAAAAAUAAUCACGUUUUUUACCCUCAGAGUGUGAAAAUCUGAGUGAAUCUGAAUUAAAGUCAAACUUGUUAUUUUAGUUCAUGUUCGUGUUUCUAUCAGUGAGUGAGGGUCUCUGUGUUUACUCCAGAAUAAGUGAAUGAGUGAAUCUAACCCUCGAGUUUAACUCUGUAGUUAUUUUUAAAUCUCUGUUUCUGUAGUUUUUUAUUUUUCUCUGUUUCUGUAGUUUUUUAUUUUUGUUUCUGUAGUUUUUUAUUUUUGUUUCUGUAGUUUUUUUAUUUUUUCUGUUUCUGUAGUUUUUUUAUUUUUCUCUGUUUCUGUAGUUUUUUAUUUUUGUUUCUGUAGUUUUUAUAUUUUUGUUUCUGUAGUUUUUUAUUUUUGUUUCUGUAGUUUAUUUAUUUUUGUUUCUGUAGUUUUAUAUUUUUGUUUCUGUAGUUUUUUAUUUUUGUUUCUGUAGUUUUUAUAUUUUUGUUUCUGUAGUUUUUUAUUUUUGUUUCUGUAGUUUAUUUAUUUUUGUUUCUGUAGUUUUUUUAUUUUUGUUUCUGUAGUUUUUUUAUUUUUGUUUCUGUAGUUUUUUUAUUUUUGUUUCUGUAGUUUUUUUAAUUUUUGUUUCUGUAGUUUUUUUAUUUUUGUUUCUGUAGUUUUUAUAUUUUUGUUUCUGUAGUUUUUAUAUUUUUCUCUGUUUCUGUAGUUUUUUAUUUUUGUUUCUGUAGUUUUUUUAUUUUUGUUUCUGUAGUUUUUAUAUUUUUGUUUCUGUAGUUUUUUUAUUUUUGUUUCUGUAGUCUUUUAUUUUUCUCUGUUUCUGUAGUUUUUUAUUUUUGUUUCUGUAGUUUUUUUAAAUUUUUGUUUCUGUAGUUUUUUAUUUUUCUCUGUUUCUGUAGUUUUUUAUUUUUGUUUCUGUAGUUUUUUUAUUUUUGUUUCUGUAGUUUUUUUAUUUUUGUUUCUGUAGUUUUUUUUUCUCUCAGCUCUCCUCUCAGAUGUUUUCAUGUUUUUUUGUCGGCCUGUUUUUUCAGGCUGGUCCUGAGAUGGCCCGAGCAGAGACCAUCGAGAAGGUUGGAGAGUCUGGAGGGGGAGGAAACCUCCCUCUUUCUCGCCACAACACCUGCCGCAUGGAGCUGCCUCGUCCUUUCCACACUUGGCCCGGCCUGCUCUCCUCCACCUCCUCCACCUCCACC